AUGCCAUCCGAAGCACAACCGCAACUCAACAAAGAACGGCACAUCAAAUACUGGAAACGAUGCGCGCAGCUCCUCCCGGAGCCGUACACGACCGGGGAAUCCAGCCGGAUGAGUUUCGGAUUCUUCAUCGUCGCGGCGCUCGACCUGCUCGGCGCACUGGAGAGCGCCAUCACACCCGAAGAGAGACACAGCUGGGUUGAAUGGAUCUACGCGUGCCAGGUGCCGCACACGGGCGGCUUCAGAGGGUUUCCCGGCACGGGGCUGGGGCCGCUGCGAAGCCCUCAUAAUUGGCAUUGGGACCCGGCGAAUCUGCCGAAUACGUAUUUUGCGCUGGCGACGUUGUUGGUUCUGGGGGAUGAUUUGGCAAGGGUCAGAAGACGGGAGUGUCUUGCGUGGGUCAGAAGGUUGCAGCUUCCGGACGGGAGCUUUGGGGAGUUUCUGGGUGAGGAUCAGGUCGUGCAGGGUGGGAGAGAUCCCAGGCUUUGCCUGUGUGCGGCUGGGACGAUGAGGAUCUUGGUCGGGGAUGGAGAUGGAGAUGGGGAGCUGGGGAGGGUUGGAGGCAUCGAUCAGUUGCGACUGCAGCAGUAUCUUGCGAAUUGUCAGAGUCUGGAAGGCGGCAUCGCGCAAGCACCGCUUCUUGAAGCACAUUCCGGGUUGAAUUACUGUGCAAUAGCAACGCUGUCUUUUCUCAGCCAGAGCCAAAAUAGGCAGGCGUCAAUACAGGAACUUGCGGGUCAUGCGGGACUUGAUCUUGUUAGUUGUGCACGAUGGAUGUUGGAAAGACAGACAACUUGGAUCGAGGAUGAGGAUGAGGAUGAGGAUGAGGAUGGAGAUGAGGAUGGAGAUGAUGCCAAUAAGGAGGAAACACAGCCUGAUGAGGAAGUGAAGCAAGAAUCGAAAGAGUCGGGUAUGAUCGCUGGCUUCUGUGGCCGGAGUGGGAAAAUAGCAGACACUUGUUAUUGCUUCUGGAAUGUGGGAGCGUUGAAGGUAGACACAUCUGAAAGAACCUGCUUGAGUCGAUCAUGGAUUGAUAACUUGCAGAUUCUCAACAACGAGCACCUGGUCGAGGUCGAAGCAUUACGAAGAUAUCUGUUGCAAACAGUGACACACAUCAUCGGUGGUUUUGGAAAAGGUCCGGGCGAGCUUCCAGACUUGCUCCAUUCGUAUCUCGGACUGGCUGUGUUGGCAAUAUACAAAGAACCCGGCUUAAAGGAGUUUGAUGCAACAUUCUGCUUCAGCGUGGACGCGGUGCAGAAUCUGAAGCGAGUGGCGUGGACACGUUAA